GGAAAUACAAAUUGUACCGUCAGUGUAAGUAACACGAUAUGUUUCAGGUGUAAGUAACACGAUAUGUUUCAGGUGUAAGUAACACGAUAUGUUUCAGUUUUCGACAAAAUUUUCGUUUUCAAAGUCAAUAUACAUGUGUUUAUAAUAGACCGAGCACACCAGUGUGAAUCAUUUCUUGUUUUAUAACUUAUGUUGUUUUACCUAUGUUAUGAAAGGCGAGGAUAACGAACAGUGAUCAGUCUCAUGACUCCUAUAAGCAAUACAAAAUAGAGAGUUGGGCAAACAUGGACCCCUGGAUAUACCAGAGGUGGGAUCAGGUGUCUAGGAGGAGUAAGCAUCCCCUGUCGACCGGUCACAUCCGCCGUGAGGCUUAAAUAUUGAUCAGAUUGAAGGUUUGAACAAUCUCAAGGCAAGGUAUGUCUGAAGCUGCAAACUCACAGGACCAAAGAAAAUGGGAUCCUUUAACAGAAAGCCUAAUAGUACAUACCAAAUGGCAAAUAAAUCAAAAACUUGGAAACCCAUGCUACACAGAGUUACCGGUCCUGGAUGAUGUCAUCAAACGUCUCUUAGACACAGGGAUAGUGGUGAUUACUGGAAGGGCUGGAGAAGGGAAGACAACUCUUGGGAUCUCUGUUCUUCAACACUUCUACAGAGUCUGUCAAAUGACGCCGAUCAAAUUAUGGAAUUCAAAACCUGACGAAUUGCAUAAGAUAUUGAUGACCAAUAAAAAAUGUGCUAUUCUAUUGGAUGAUAUUUUUGGAAAGACUAGUUUUGAAAUUAAGCGCUACGAGAGAUGGCAACCAAGAUUUGAGGAGUUAUAUUCAUACAAAGGUUUUGGAAAUCCAGACUUGCGAAGUGUUUUCAUCAUCAUCACCCUCAGAAAUAAUAUUUAUUCCGAGAGUCUUAGAUACCUGCGUGCGUCAAAAUUUAGUGAGCAUAACAUAUUUGCCGAUAAAUACGUAGUGGAUUUGGCUAUGGGGUAUAAAAUGGAUAGACUCGCCAAACUAGAAAUGUUAGAUAAUUAUUCCAACUGCCACAAAGAGCCUCUAUCAAAAAAUAUGAAAUGGGAUAUUGCAACGACAGACACUCCGUUGGGAUUUCCUCAUCUAUGUUACUUGUAUUUCAAUGAUAAAAACUUCAGGCGAUAUGGUGAUAGCUUUUUCACCAAUCCUUUCGAGCUGCUUGUCGAUCAUAUGGAGUACAUGUUCGAGUUUCACUUCGACAAGUUUGUGACACUCUGCGUCGUACUGCUGUUUUCAAGUGACUCGUGUCUUCCUGUUCAUUGUUUGUUACACAAGAACGACGCUUUGCAGGAACUGUUAGGGAAAUUCGGACAAAAUGGGCCAGAUGCGGAAAGUCUGAAGAAAAAUUUGAAAUCCUUGCAAGGGGUUUUCCUAUCUUUCAACGUUUCCUCUUCAACGUAUGAAUUUUCCCACACUUCAGUUAGAGAAACCGUUUUCAUUGUCUCGGGAAGAAAGUAUUUGGAUGUUGUUCUGAGUUGCUGUGGUACAGCGGAUCUGAAUUUAGUAUGGUGUGACUAUCUAUUGCAUGAUGGGAAAUUGUAUCAACAAAAACUUGUUUUAAGCAGUGUACAAUACACUACCCUUUAUGAUAAAAUGUAUGCCGAAAUAAUUCAAAAUCCGUAUGAGACCGCUAAUCUGAAGAUCGUGCAACAAACUCGUUUUGUUAGCAACAUUUUGCGAUAUUUCAAACAGAAAUCUUGUCUUAAGAACCUGUUGGCCAAACGAUACACUUUUGCAGACGUUUCCAGAGUAAUUUCUCGACAUUCGAUUGUACUUGGCGAACAUUCUCCUUCACUGGUCUUGUUUUGUUACAGAAACCCUGCUCUUCUAUCUCAAAUCAUAGAAUUCUAUGAUCCGCAUAAUUCCUGGUUUCGACGCGAAAAAAACUUCACGCUUCAGCUCGCCAUGAGUGCUGACUGUCCUCAAGUCGUAGAAAUUAUUCUGCAUUACGGCGCUGUGCAUUAUAUAACAGAACAUCCUUUAACACAGUCUGAACAUACAUGUAGCGGAGUUCGCCCAAAGGUUCGUCAUUGCUUGUCUGAAAUCGAUGACUCAUCUUUCGAACUGUUGGAAUUUUUAUCAAAAGAAUCACAGAAGUCUGUGUCAAAAGAUAGGCGACACACUGAAACUGUGGAUGAGAAACUUUCAACCUAUCUAGAAAAAGUGCGGGUAUUUCAACAAUGGAGCCAAGAAAAGAAAGACAACGCACUGCAAGAAGCAUGCACCAAAGACAAUCUUUCCGUUUUCAAGUUCAUUCUGCAGCAAAGCAGAGUCACCAUGAAGAAAUCUCAUCUGCACACGUUGAUGAAAGCAGAUGACGGUCCAAACACUGUUUUGGAGUAUAUAUUGACCAUAAGAAUGUUAAACCAAGUUGAAAAGAGUGACGCUCUUAUGGUGGUAUUUCGCUAUGGACACGUUCAGAAAGCCCAGUUACUGAUAGCAGACGGAAUACAUCUGGAUGAUGGUGCUCUGCAGUUGGUAGCAGGAUUGCCCAACGAUAGUUAUGAAAUGGUUGAACUCAUUUACAAUUCUCGAGAAUGGGACAACCACCUCACCGAAUUUGCUUUACAGACCGCAUGCAUGAAAGGAAAUGUAGAAGUUGUCAACUUUUUUAUAAAGACAGGAACUGAAAUAACGGACGCCUGUUUAGUUUUGGGCGCGUACUCGCCGAAAGCUAUCCCUCUUUAUUCGAUCUUUUCAAAGGCGGAAGGUCGUGAGUGGUCCGACGAUGCAGUAAAUAAAGCAGUGGAAAUCGCAUGCACCAAACAAGACUUCGUCCUUCUCGAGUGCAUCCUGAAUAUCAAAAGAACGAGACAGGCGUUGGCCAUAGCCUCUAACUUCCCCGAUGAUUAUAGUCCGGAGCAGAUCGUGCACUUUCUCUUGGAGAAGUAUCAGUGGUCGACUGAUGAGAAACAUUUAGCUUUGGCAGUUGCUUGUGAUACGUUGAACUCACCAAUAUUCAAAUUACUGAAGAACGUUAUGUCUUGAAAGUGAUUUGUCAACGUUCUUGAAAAGAAUUAUGUGAGAACUUGACAGCUAAAUAAAUUCUUAUUUCACUACCUAAAACACCCCGGAGGAUUUCUUAAAAUCGUUUUACUUGAUUUAAAAAAAAAUGUAAGGAUUAUAUUGGUUUUUAUUAUUAUAUUUGAAUUCAUGUUCAGUUUUGUCGGAACCCUUUCGAAUUUCCAUGAGCAUAAACAAUGAUUGGGGAAAAAAUCACAACGGCAGAACAACAGCAGGACCUAGAUGACUCAGAUGAGUGAUGUUGCCCUUGGGCUCCUUGUUAAUUCCCAAAUUGGACAAACAUUACGUUAGUUUUCACUAUUAAUGUACCAAUCUCAAUAUGAAUAUUAAAUGUAUUUACAGUAA